CGAGUGACGGAAAUGCCCUCCAAGGCGAGCUCACUCGGCGCGCACUUUAUGUGGUAUGUACGUCAAAAUGGAUGACACACGUAGUCCAGCUAAACCCCGACGCAUGGUCCGAGUCAAGCCCCUGGUUGCGCCUCCUUAACGCUUGACUCCCAGUCUUCGCGUCACCUUCCCACAACUGCUCAUUUUUUAUGCUACCAUUCAGGAACCGUGACUCUGCCUACUUGGUAUAAGAACCCCAUCAUUGGGUUCGUAGUACACACCCAUCACUCACACCUUUCCUUCUCUUCUAGUUUCUUCUGUAAACACUGAGAGCUGCAAUGGCUUCUUUUUCCCUCGGAACUCAUGGUUUUGUUCUUCUUACACUUCUCUUCGCUGCGUCUCUGUUCCAGCGCUCCUUUGGUGGCAGAACUCUCAGUGCCUUGGUGGAGGAACAGCCACUCGCCAUGACCUACCACAAGGGUGCUCUACUCACUGGCAAUGUCUCCGUUAACCUCGUCUUUUACGGCAAAUUCACAGCUUACCAAAGAGCCAUCAUCUCCGACUUCGUCGCCUCCCUCUCCCCCCUCCCCCGCCGGAAGCAGUACGUCGAGCCGUCGGUGGCCACCUGGUGGAAGACCCUCGCCAAGUACUACGCCACGUCGAGGACGCCGUUGCCUAGGCUUCGCCUCGGCAAGCAGGUCCUCGACGAGACGUACUCCCUCGGCAGGUCCCUCCGCGACUCCGACCUUGCGAAGCUGGCCGCCAGGGGGGCGCCGCGAGACGCCAUCAACGUGGUGCUCACCGCGGAGGACGUGGCGGUUGGGAGGUUCUGUAUGAGCCGGUGCGGCUCCCACGGGGCGUCGCCCCAGUCCAGGGCCAGCGGCCGGUUCGCCUACAUCUGGGUGGGCAACUCGGCGACGCAGUGCCCCGGCCAGUGCGCCUGGCCCUUCCACCAGCCCUUGUACGGGCCGCAGACGCCACCGCUGGUGGCGCCCAACGGCGACGUCGGGGUCGACGGCAUGGUGAUCAACCUGGCGAGCAUGCUGGCCGGCGCCGCCACCAACCCGUUCGGGGACGGCUUCUUCCAGGGACCGAGGGAGGCGGCGCUGGAGGCGGCGACGGCGUGCCCCGGCGUGUACGCGAAGGGGGCCUAUCCGGGCUACGCUGGGGACCUUCUGAUGGACCCCGCGACGGGGGCCAGUUACAACGCCCAUGGGGUCCACGGGAGGAAGUUUCUGGUCCCAGCGCUGUUUGACCCGUCAACGUCCACCUGCUCUACGCUGGUUUAACUAUGGGACGAUGAUAACCACAUCCAUCUGCAUAAAUAACUACGUAUCUAUGUAUAUAACGCGAAUGAAGUUUUGUGACAUAACACUUGUGUUGUUGUAAUUAUAAUUAUAUAUAUAUAUAUAUUCAUACCUUGUUCUAUUUA